AUGGUAAUCAAUGCGUGGUACCAUAUGGUUGGCUUUGUUGCUGUCGAUGAUGCAAUUUUUGCUUUGGGACAAGCAAUAUUACUGUGGCUGUCUUUGAGACAGGUUAGACGUGCAGACGACGGAGAAAGACAGCCGCUUCUGGAGUCAUCCGAAUAUGUCUCAUUGAAAGGCCCAUUGAAAGGUUCCAAAACGGACGAGAUCUUGUUUACAGCGAAAAUCACCUAUGAGGGUGUAACGAACGAGAAUCAUGAGGCUGUUUGUGAUAACGCAAAGCCCAUAAUCAUACACAAGUACGGCUUUUCUCACGACCACUUCCGCCUACAACGCCGCCGUCCCGACUUCAAUCGUUCCAAGGAUUCGGACACGGAUCCUACACAGUGGAAGACUUAUGUCGAUGACGAACAGAAUCCGGGCUACAUGAUUGUCGAUGAGCCUGACGUAGAGGUCAACGUUACGAACGCUUCACUUUUCCGUUGCCUGAAACCAGGAGAACAUUUUGUCAGCCACAAUCUCCUGCCCCGUUCCGACUUGCAUCCUGAUACAGUGGUCGGAGAUACGUAUCGAUACCAGUACUGGGGUGGUCGUGUUGACUGGUGGGUUUGGGGUGAUCACGAAGAGCAUGCGAGCAAAGUGGUGAAGCUACCAUGCUGGCUUAGUGGCAAGGUUGUUGAUCCUGCUGAUAAUGAUGGGAAGCCUGCUAUCUUGGUCCCGUCAUCUAAUUUUGCAGAGUUUACUAUAGUGGAUUGA